AACGGCAUCACCAGCGUCAUCAACCAACAGCCUAUCACAAGCCAGCCUGUGACUGUAGCUUCGAGGCAUUCGCAUACCACCGCCGACAUCGAGACAAGACAUCUCCAGCAGACCAAAAGAUUGACCGCCUUGCGCCGCGCCGUUCCAUCGAUACCCAGGCCACCGGCGCACCUCUACGAACCCACACACAUCACAUCACUUAGCCACUCGCACGUACCAACAAUGGCAACCGCAGACGAGCGCGAGCUCCAAAUCAACCCCAUCGUCGCCACAAGCGUGCAGCACAACACCCAGGUCACAUCCAACAUCCGCAACCUCACAGCCUCGCUCUUCGGCGUAGCUGCCGGCACCCUCGGCCUCGAAUCGUACCCGGGCUUCAUCUUCUACCUGGUCGCCAGCUUCGUCGUGAGCGCGCUGCUUUUUGUGCUGAAGGCUGAGGGGCAGCCCGGGAAAUAUUACUACAAGCCGCUCGGAGACAUGUGGCUGGGGGAUGUGUUUGGCGGGCUGAGUGGGUUUGUGCUGACGUGGACGCUGUUCUAUGGGUUGGUGAGGGCCUGAGGCAGAGAGAGGAACUAAGGACCAACACGACGGACAAGAGACGAGGGCCAACACGACGCAUCGUAUGGGAUAGCUGGCAGAUUCACCAGCUGUCUAGCAGAUGGCUGUGAACGUCCAUGAACGCCUGGAGCCUUCGCUUCUGCUGGCUGCAGUCGCAGCAGUUCGAAUGUAAUCUACGAGGCUCAAAAUCACUGCUGUGAGGUCGAAAACGCGACCAGGCGUAAUUGAAAGUCAUUGCGAUUCACAUCACAGCUCAAAGACACGUGCAGUAGUUUUUGAGAUUGAAAUUGCGUGCGUCAUCGAGCGAAGAGAGAUUUAUAGUAAUCUUACAAGUUGAAAUACUCGAACACGUCAAGAAUGGAUCGCAGGCUUCGAGUUCACGGACGCGUCACGCGAAAGGCCGACGAGAUACCGAACUCAAGGCAUAAUCGUAAGAUGAUACCUGUAUC